UCCCUCGAGCCGCGGCCCCGACUCCCCCCACGUCCUCGGAGAAGUUGGUCACGUCCAGCCGUCGACCCCAGAGCGCGUCGGCGUCGUCAUGGCGACGCCUCCUUGCGGGAGCUGGCAUUGCCCGAAUCCGGCCCGGGAACCAUCUCCAGUAACCUUUGGUUCUAAAAAGAAGACUCCACUUUUCAUGAAAACAUGGCCCUGGUGAAAACCCCAAGCAGAGAACUAAAGAAUGGUGAAGAAUCUUUUAAUAAAGUAUCACCUGUCCUUUUGAAGAGCCUGGUGGAGGAGCCCAAGAAAAGAACAGAGGUACCUAAUCAUCUCCUAGAAUCAAAGGUUUACGCAAAACUUCUGAGUAAUAAGGUGCUACAGGCAAAACCUGGCAUAUUACAUUUUGGAGGCUAUCAAAUAGAAAAGCAACACCAACAGAUUCUGCAUCUGGUCAAUAUUUCUGGUGAAAACAUACAUCUUCAUAUUUUACCCCCACAAACUAAAUACUUUCAGAUCAAGUAUGUGAAAAAAGAGCACCGCCUGGUUCCUGGCUUGUCCCUCACGGUCACCGUUACAUUUUCUCCCGAUGAGUGGCGUUACUAUUAUGACUGCAUCCGGGUUCAUUGUAAGGGAGAUGAGACUUUGCUCGUUCCCGUGCAUGCCUAUCCUGUCGUGAAUAAACUGGACUUUCCCUCAUUUAUAAAUCUGUCAAAUGUUCUGCUGGGUGAAAGCAAAGAUUAUGUUAUUCCUUUGCGGUGCAGCUGCCCUGUUGAUUUUGAAUUUCAUGUCGCUUUGAUUCAGUCUCAUCAAGCCUUUACUAUUGAGCCGACGUCAGGAGUAAUUCCGGCUAAUGGGAAGGUGAAUGUGACUAUUAAGUUUACACCAUUGCAGUAUGGGACUGCACAGAUAAAAGUGCAGUUAUGGAUUUCACAGUUCAACUCUCAACCAUAUGAAUGUGUAUUCACCGGAACUUGCUAUCCCAACAUGUCUUUAAGCUUAGAAGAAUUUGAAAGAUUAAAUACUCUUUCUAAGAAAGCAAACGUUCCUUCAGAAAAGACCAUGACACGUAUACAUUUUCACCGACUACCAGCAAAGCAGAAGCCUCAAAAGAGUAAGGAAAUCGAAUACCAGAACUUGAGAUUUCCAGUAAACUUAUCAAAUCCGUUCGCCGUGGCAACUGUUUUAAACCAAGUACCAGGAAAAAUGAAGAUUAAAGAAUUAAAAGAAGUUUUAGACCAAGGCAAUGAGAUGUCAAAAACAAGACAAAUGAAAGAAGCACUCUUUGAACAGAAAGUCAGGCAGAACAUUAAUGAAGAAAUUGAAAAUCACCUUAAGUGGCAGGUGCACCUUGGUAAAGAUCCCAUGUCUUUUAAAUUUAAAAAAGAGCUUACUGAAGAAUACCAAAGAGCAUGUGCCAAAUAUAAGCUAGAUAGAGGAGACCCCGUUGUGGAUGAGGAACUUCAGCGACUCAAGACUGAGGUGAACCAGAAAAGGAUCAUCCACAACCUAGAAGACAAAGUCAAUGAAUUUCAUCCUAGUUUUGACCCACUCGUUAACAACACUUGGAUCAACAGGUUCAGGGCACAGAAGCGGUUUCAACAAGCAGCACGCAAGAUCGUGGUUCAUCUGCGAUUAGUAAAUAUGCUGGAUGCUGUUCGUGGCAUAGGAAAAGAGACUAAACUUCAGAAAGCCAGUCAGGGAAAACCAUCACUGUUAGAUGAAGAUCCUUCCAAAUACCUUUUUCUUCCUGGGAUCAAUCAAGAUGAUUAUUCCUUCCGGUUUUCUGUAUCCCCCAGUGCAGUGCUGCCCUUCACGUUCCCAUCCUACAGCCCUCCACAGGGCUCCAGCGAGCUGGCGCCCGACGCUCUUGGACUGGUUCCAAUUAAAUCUUCAGAAGUUCAAAUCAAGCAGUGUUAUUCCUUCUUGAAUUUGCAGGUCCCUCAGCUGUACAAAAUCAAGGGGUAUCGGCCAUUCUCUAUCCAGAAGGCAUCAUCAAGUUACAAACCUCAAAAGCUUGCUCGAGCCCUGAGGCAAGGAGCUGAGGAUGAAGCCACCACCAUUGUCACCCUUCCGAAGCAGGACGCCACCCCUCAGCUCUCCAGCAAGACCCCUAUCUUGAACAUGAAACCGCCUGAGGCCUUGGCCACAUCUCUCGAGUAUGAUCGGCUUUAUAUUUUUAAUCCCAACCCAGGACUGUAUGCUGUGAUGCACCCUCUGCCCUACGUGGAAACCGUGAUCGAUUACCAUCUGUGCCCUCACCCCAAGUACAAGUUCACCAAAGAGUCCCACCUUGGCUCCAGCAUCCCUCUCACCCAAAAGCAGUUUCUCCAUCACACGGACAUUAUUCCCGGAAUAAUGCACUGGAAGAGGUUCCAGUCCCAGGUUCUCUCGUCCCUGCCCAACACCUCUAAGACAGAGGCUACCAGGAGCUCUGACUCCUUCAGUACAGUUAUACUUCCCGUAGAUGUCCCGGCCAUUGCUGACGGCCUGACAGAAGAUGACAGAUUGGAAAUAGCUGAACGUGAGCUCUGUGAACGAGACCUAAAUGUUAUGUUGACUCCAGAAAUGAUCCAAGUGGAAUUCCCGAUGUUAGACCACAAGGACACCAAGAAGGAGAAGUUGUCAGCGGUGGCAGCAGUCAUGGCUGGACCCCUGUGGUGGGCUGCAGCAUUUGUGCAGAGACACCGUUCAGGCCUCUUGGUGACUUCCUGCGCAGGCCUUUUUGGGGCCCAGAUCUCGUACCACCUCUUCCCAGAUCCCGUGAUCCAGUGGCUGUACCAGUACUGGCCUCAGGGCCAGCCGGCCCCACUCUUCCCAGAGCUGCAGAGCCUCUUCCAAGAGGUGCUACAGGACAUGGGUGUCCCUUCAGACCAUCGCUACGAGGCCUUCACCACCUUCACCUUCCAGCCUGUGAGUGCCGGCUUCCCGCGGCUGCCCGGUGGGGCCGUGGUGGGCCUCCCCGCCAGCUUCCUGAGUGGCCCAGUGACGAACAGUGACCAGCCUGUGGUUGUCCACGGACAAAGAGUGGACUGGCAGAGUCCAGCCGGCACCCGGCUGCGAGAUGCCCUGACCCUGUCCCGUGAUGCCCAGAAGUUCGCCUUGGCCCGGGAGGUAGUUUACCUGGAGAGCAGCACGGCCGCCCUGCAGGCCUUGCCGGCUCCAGCUUGCCUAGUCGGAACCUGGGCACUGGGCGUGGGUGCCAAGCAAGCUCUGGGCCUUUACGGAGGCCCCAUGAACUUACGGGCUGCCUUCAACUUGUUGGCAGCCGUGGCGGGCUUUGUGGCCUAUGCCUUCUCCACCGACUCUCUCACUCACGCCCUGGAGGCCUGGCUGGACCGCCGCACGGCCUCCCUGUCUGCAGCCUAUGCCCGGGGCGGAGUGGAGUUCUACGAGAAAGUUCUGUCAGGCAACCUGGCCCUGCGCAGCCUCCUGGGCAGGCAUGGGGAGACGCUGUACACGCCCAGCGGGAACGUCGUCCCCAGACACUGGUUCCGCAUCAAACAUUUACCCUACACGACCCGCCGGGACUCUGUGCUGCAGAUGUGGAAGGUGGCAGUCAACCCGGGCCGCUCCUGAGCGCUCAUCCCUGGAGGGUCCCAGCUCCUGCGGGCACCACCCUCCCACUGCCUCAGGGGGCUCUCUUGGUGCCUCCUCUGCAUUCUCAGCACAGGGUCAGAAAAAUUAAGGACUCAGGGUUCAAACCCUAACCUGACUCUUAGGAUCCCUGUGACCUUGCACAAGUCCCUUUAUGAAUCUGAGCCUCGGUUUUCUCAACCGUACAAUGGGGAUGAUGUAAACUGCCUCAGGAUUUGUGGGAGAUCAUGAAUAUAAAGCCUGGCAGAGGAUGCUCUAUAAAUAAAUGGGAGGUCCCUCCUACUCGGUAUGUGGACUCCUGUGAGCUGUGGGAAUCAGGCCACAUCUUCUCUUCCAGAGGUUACAGGAUGGGAACACUCGUAAUCUUAAUCUACCCCUUAAUCUACCUGGUGGUCAAGCCUCUACUGUGGUAGAAGGUAAAAGAUUUGAUAAGCCAAGAUGAGAAUUUAAGUGUGGGCUUGAGGUGGGACUUGAAGGUUGGCAGAACUGCUGCAGAUGGCACUCUCAGGCAUGGGUGCCCAACUAGGAAGGCGGGGCCUCUGCAAAGCCACUCCCACCCUGAACCUGGAGGGGAGGAAAGGUGUUCCCGGAACCUGGGAGAUGUGUGGUGUAGGUGACCUCCUGGCCAAAGUUCUGGCCAGGUAGAGGAACAAGCCACUGCCAAAGCUGAGACCCUGCAGUGGGGGGAACCAGGGUGCCCUUGGAUCUGCCAGGGCCUCCCUCUGGCUGAGCCCACUGGAAGCCAGGGCACGGGAAGCCCAGAGGGCAGUCCAGAGUAAUCAGCUGCCGGGACAUGGUCAGGGCUUGGAGAGGAGUGGGCUGAGAUUGCAGUAAGGAGAGCAGAAGGCUGGAGAGGGAGUGAGCCGAGACUGCAUGCAUGUUCAGGGCUCUUGGGAGGCUGCAUCCUGCCCCACUUGCUUCGCUGAACCCUUCAGAUGUGGGUAGAGCAGACCUCCAGUCUUGACCCUUAGCUUAGAACGGGCAGAGUGCUGGGCACAGGGGAGACCCCAGGGCCAGGUGAAGGGAGUCAUGACCAGUGAGCCAGCCCCAGCUCAGCCAUUCCUGUUGUAGUCUUUUCGUUGGAAAUUAGUUUUCCCUAGAAGAAUUUUGAAGAUAGGGUCUGGCCCUGAUGUAACUCAUGGCAAAGGGAUCAAGCUGGACCCAGGGAAGGGCAGACAGUUCCUGGCGGGAGACUGCGAGAGGGCAUGGUGCCAGAUGGGCUAACAGAGGGGCGUGGAGAUGGCACCUUCCUGCAGGGUCCUCCACCUCGAGCUGGGCAGGCACUGGCACACAUCCUCUGCCUCUGCCUGUUACUGCUAACUGCAAUUAAGAAAUAUCAAAGUUAGUGGUUUAGCGUCUCUGCCAAAAUGUGCUGCCUACAAAGGCAGGGAAGGUAUGUUCUGUUUAAUGCACUGGACAUUUUUCGAAUAAAUGAGCAAAGCUCUUA